GCUAAUUCCAUUUUCUCUGCGAUUUCUCUCUUCACCUUCGUUUCCAGCUAUCCUCCGUUCCGUACUCCCCCCUUUCACCAGCUGCUUCCCCCAGCCGAUUCCGUCGCCGGCGACUCCUACGUCAGGUAGUUAGGCUCUCUGCGAACUCCCCUGCCGUCGGAAUAUUGUAUUUAUACGUGAUUCUUGCUUUAUUCUUGUAAUUCUGAUCUCUGAUUCGUUUCCAGCCAUCCUCCGUUCCGUAUCUCCCCCUUUCUCAAGGCAAUCUCGGCGCCGGCGGCUCCUACCUCAGGUAGUUAUGCUCUGUAUGAACACUCCGCCGUCAGAAUAUAGUAAUUAUACUGCGAUUCUUGCUUCAUUCCUGGAAUUCAGAUCCCCGGUAUACUUUCUUUGUCAGUCGAUUUCAGUAAUGGCUCAAGAUAUGGACGUUAAAGUAGCGCUGAGGACCGUCGAGAACCGAAACGAUAAGCUGCGAGCAAUAAACCGCGAGAUCGUCGAAGUCACGUGGGCGGCCGAAUUCGGGACCGAAGCUCUGGCUCUGGGAUCAGCGGAGAAUAAGCUCGCAAAUCUCAGCGCGAGCAAGAAUCUGACCGUCGGAGAUCUGGAGAAGACCAAGAAAAGGAGUGACGAGCUGCUGCUGCCUAAGAUCGGCGAUUGUGCCACUGAUCGAAGCCGAUGACGUGGCACGGAUCGAGGCGGAGAUCGGCGAGGCCAUAGCGGAGAAGGAAAAAGCCACGGAAGAUCUGAGGCUUGUAAAGGUGAGGCUCUCCUCCCUCCACAAGAAGAAGUAUCUGGCGGUUGAUGAUCUGAAAAAGGCAGCGGAAAAGCACAAGGAAUUGGUCAUCGCCAACGCGAAAAAGGGAGUGCUGGUUGAACCUCCUUCCCCUCCUUCUGCGGGCAGCGUCUUUGUGGGCGAUCAGCAGCCAAGCGGUUGUUUGUUUGCUAUCAGUCUCUAAUGUAGGAAAAAGUUUAUCACUUGGUAGAACAUUUGCAUUUCAUGAAAUUCCUUCUCGAUCAAAAUUGGGUAUCUCUGUAUAUCUUCAGUAGCUUGAUCUGGUUCAAAUAUUGUACAACAACAGUUUUGCUUAUUGAGGGGUCGUUUGGAUGGUACAAUUAUGCAAUGAGUCAAUUGGGGAGAAUGACAAGUGGGGGAACCAGAAAUUUUACAUAGGGAUGUCCUAUUUUAAAAAAUAAAUUAAAUAAAAAUAAAUUAAAUAA